ACACACAUUAUCGCAGUAUGGGAUUGUACCCCACCUUCGAUGCAUCAUGCUUUUGAUGGCAUUCAAUGGGGUUGAAGUUAAUGGACAUAUCUGAAUCGAAGAAAAUUCCCACCGUAAAUUAGUCAACGAAAAGUGCUCAUGUGAAUCAUAAACUGUGUUUAGAUUUCGCCAACGAUAGGCACCCACUCAAUGGCAACUUGUGCCAUCCAUUUGCAUUAAUGAUUUGCGCAAAUCCCCCAAAGAAAGAGACUGGUCAUUGCUUAAACCUACACUAGUAGGUCGCCCUGAAAGACGGUGAAAUUCUCACGUAUUUCUUAUCAGCCACAAAACAGACAGAUUGUGGAAAUAAAACAGCAAAUAGUAAUUGCCCGACGAGGGGAAACGGGGCAAAACAGGUACAAGAAAAGUACAACCGAUCUAAGCGAUUGUUUGAACUAUUGAUAAAUGUUAAACAUAAGCUAGGGUCGGCCAAUGGCACGCGUUCAGUGUUAGCCAGUCCGUCCAACGGUUAACAGCUCCUAAAAUUAGCAAAUUUAGUGCGCAACCUACAUACCAAAUCAAAUUAACAGCAGCCAAUAAAAGACAUUUCUGAACACCGGAAAGCAAUUAGGCAAUCGAACCAGCAAUGUCACAGUUGUACGAACUCUCCGAAGUGGCCCAGCAGAACGGCAAGAAUGGCAAACCUUGCUGGCUAAUCAUUAAGGGGAACGUCUACGAUGUAACCAAGUUUCUGGGCGAACAUCCUGGUGGCGGCGAAGCACUACUCGAAUACGGCGGCAAGGAUGCUACCAAGGCGUUCAAGCAAGCAGGCCACUCCUCCGAUGCCGAAAAGGACCUGAAGAACUACAAAAUUGGAGAAAUUAACUCAGCUGCACCCAUUCAAGUCCAGCCCACGUCCAUUGGUGCAGCAAAACCCACGGAAAACACAAUUUUAGCAGAUCCCGAACCCGCGAAGAAGAGCUCUUCAGGCUUCUGCUGCUGCUAGUCAUAGGUUUACAUGUCAUUUCAUUGAUUUAUUAACAUAGGAUGAGGUCGUAAUUAAUUUAGCGUAGUUAGAUUGUAAAUAGUUCUAGGUAUAUCUCAUAAUAGCUACAUCAUCACGUCCACAAUGCUUUCCUAAAAAGAUCAACUCUUCUUACACGAUCAGAAUAAAUUGCAAACAAAGCCGGUGGAGCUGCUCCACCAUGUUCAAAAAAUUAAACUAAA